AUGAAGGUCAAAUUCUUACUUCAUGUGCUUGUUAAGCGAAACCAGGCAGCGUGCCUCGAGUCAUAUCGCCAGCAAGCAAAAUCUGAGGAUGCAACAACAGCCGUUCUUCAUGUUGAUUGGUCUCAAAGCUACCAGUGCUUGCAACAAGAUGAAAUUUAUGCUGCUUAUUGGGAGCGAAAAAAACAUCGAGUUUCAAUUUUCACUGCCAUGAUGUGGCAUCGUGGAGAGAAAUCAAUGGCUGUCGCUCUUGAUUCUCAAGACCACACAAAGAAGACGGUUAUUCCUUGCCUCGACAAAUUGUUCAGUGAAGAGAUCCCCACAACAGCCACAACCGUCCAUAUCUUCUCAGAUAAUGCCCCAGGCCAGUUCAAAAAUAAGUACACCAUGGCUGUACUUCCAGCAUUAGAGAAGAAACAUAAUAAGAAGAUUGUAUGGCAUUAUCUCGCUGCACAGCAUGGCAAAGGCGCUGCCGAUGGAAUUGGUGGAGGCCUUAAGCGUGCUGCUAGAAAUAGAUCCAAGACAGGUGCAACUAUUUCAGACGCUAAAACUUUUGUUAAAAACCAAUCUCCACUUUCAAAAGUCGCCCUGAAGCUGAUCGUCGACGACUCCGAGAUCGACAAAAUAAAUGCAGAAAUUGGAUUGGAAUUAUUAUUACACUGUGAAUUACUGUCCGUUAACUCACAAGGUUAUGACGAAAAUAUUAAUCCUGAUGAUGAUCCAAUAUUGGGAUCGAAACUAGUCGAGAAAUUAAUAAAGUCAACAGUCUGA